AGCUCUUGUUGGCUUUUCAACGGCCCGCACCGCAGCAAUCUGCUCGCUCCGCUCUCGCCACUAGCUCCCGUUCCCACCUCUUUCUCCGACGACCCUCCCCCACUUUCGUUGCGUUGCGUGCGUCUCACUUCCUUCCACACUUCUUGCCCCUUUGCGCCGCCCGUACCCAGCAGCAGAAGCUCUAGAGCUUCAUCCAAGAACAGGAGAGGCUCUUUGCAGGGAGAAGCAUGGAGCGGGCGGGUCUUCUAGGCGGCCGCCGCCGGCUCUUGGGCGCGGCCCCGGCGCCGGCGAGCGACGGCGGCGGUCACGUCUCCGGCUCCGGCUCGAGCCCGGACGCGAUGCGGAUAAUGGUGGGCGUGCUGGUGGCGGUCAUCGCCUGCACGCUGCUCUACUGCGUCUACUGCUGGAGGUGGCGGAAGCGCAAUGCCAUCCGGAGAUCCCUGCUGGACAGCCUGUGGCCGCGGUCGAGCUCGGACCUGCCGCUCAUGGACCUGGCCUCCAUCCUCGCCGCCACCGGUAACUUCUCCAAGGCCAACAAGCUCGGCGAGGGCGGCUUCGGCCCCGUCUACAGAGGCGUCCUGAGCGGCGGGUCUGAGAUCGCGGUGAAGCGUCUGUCGGCGCGGUCGCGGCAGGGGGCGGCGGAGUUCCGGAACGAGGUGGAGCUCAUCGCCAAGCUGCAGCACCGCAACCUGGUGCGCCUGCUGGGCUGGUGCGCCGAGCGGGACGAGAAGCUGCUCGUCUACGAGUACCUCCCUAACCGCAGCCUCGACGCAUUCCUCUUCGACCCGAGCAAGAGCGCGCAGCUGGGGUGGAGCACCCGGCACAACGUCAUCCUCGGCAUCGCCCGCGGCCUGCUCUACCUCCACGAGGACUCCCUGCUCAAGGUGGUGCACCGGGACCUCAAGGCCAGCAACGUGCUCCUCGACCACAAGAUGAGCCCCAAGAUCUCCGACUUCGGCAUGGCCAAGAUCUUCGAGGACGACGCCGACGCCAUCAACACCGGCCGCGUCGUCGGGACAUACGGGUACAUGGCGCCGGAGUUCGCCUUGGAGGGCACCUUCUCGGUGAAGUCCGACGUGUUCAGCUUCGGAGUCCUCCUCCUCGAGAUCUUGAGCGGGCAGCGGAACGGCGCAUUGUACCUGGAGGAGCACCAGCAAUCCCUCAUCCAAGAUGCGUGGAAGCUGUGGACCGAGGAUCGCGCGGCCGAGUUCAUGGACCCGUCGCUGGGGCGCUUGUACUCCAAGGACGAGGCGUGGCGGUGCUACCACGUCGGCCUGCUCUGCGUGCAGGAGAGCCCCGACGUCCGGCCCACCAUGUCCAACGUCCUGCUCAUGCUCAUCAGCGACCACGCCAAGCUCCCGGAGCCAGCCAUGCCGCCGCUCUUCACGCGGCUGAGGAACAUCCCCUUGUCGGCGGUGCCGCUCACCACCAAGACCGAGUCGACCAUGUCUCCCCAGUCGAUCAACGACGUGUCCAUCACCAUGAUCGAGCCGCGAUGAGGUUCUUCUUCUUUGAUCGCUUCCGCGAGUUCUGAAAAUGGAGUGAUAAUGUGAUCCGCGAGUGGGAAUUUGAGAGAGUGAGCCUUGCAUUGAUUGAAGUGUAAAUAAGAGUGCAAUCAUUUUAGAAUGACUGAAUGAGUGACAUGUAACUAUUGUAAGUUCUAAUUGUGUGCACAAGUGCGAGAUUCACUAAGUUCUCCAGAUGACA